GUCAGGCUGAGUGACUUUACGGCAGUAAAGGGGCCACAUAUCAUUCCUCCCCGGCGUCUUCUAGUACUGUCCAUUGCAAUAUGGCUGCUACGAGAUAGCCGAGUGUUGACACACGCCUCUUCCGUCCGGCUGAUGCCCCUUGAACCCGCACUGCUGCCACAUUAUUCAACAUCGCCAUGCCUCUCGAAGGGAUUGACGGGCUGGAGCUGCCUGCGGCGGCGGACAUGCACGUCCACCUUCGCGAUGGAGAGAUGACGGAGCUUGUUGUGCCAACGAUUAGGCAAGGAGGAGUAAAUACGGUCUUCGUCAUGCCGAACCUCGUGCCGCCGGUGACUUCAGUGCGCCAUGCCCUGGACUACCAAUCCCGCCUCCAGGAACUGGAGCCCAACGUCACCUUUCUCAUGUCCCUCUACCUCCACAAGAACAUCACGCCCGACACAGUGAAAGAAGCCAAAGCCCACGGGAUAGCAGGCAUCAAGUCCUACCCGCACGGCGUCACCACCAACUCCCACCAAGGCGUCGUCUCGUACGAAGAAUUCUACCCCGUCUUCGAGGAAAUGGAGCGGCAAGACAUGGUCCUCAACAUCCACGGCGAGGUUCCCUCCACCGCACACGAGGACAUCACGGUUCUCAACGCCGAAGAAGCCUUCUUGCCCACCCUCCUCGACCUGCACCGCCGAUUUCCCAAGCUGCGCAUCAUCCUCGAACACUGCACGAGCGCCGCGGCCAUCAAAGCGGUGAAUCAAUGCGGGCCCAACGUCGCGGGCACCAUCACCGCCCACCACAUUUUCAUGACGGUCGACAGUUGGGCUGGAGAUCCGCACUGCUUUUGUAAGCCCGUGGCCAAAUUGCCAUCGGAUCGACGCGCCUUGCUACGGACGGUUGUAAGCGGUGAUCCCAAGUUCUUCCUCGGUACGGAUUCUGCACCACACGCGGCCAAGUCGAAACGGGCGGACAAGGUUGCUGCGGGGGUGUUUACGCAGCCGUUUGCAGUUGGGCUCGUUAUUGAUGCGCUAGAGGAGGGGCUGGAGAUGGGCGUUCUGCAGGCAAAGGACGUGACCAAGGAGAAGCUCGAGGGCUUUUUGAGUGGAUAUGGGCGCGCAUUCUACAAGUUGCCCGAGGAGGCAAAGGAAAGAAUUGUGGUCAAGAAAGGGACGGCGACCAUUCCCGAGAUUCUGGUUAGCGAAGACGGUGGCAUAGAGGUUGUGCCGUUCCGGCGGGGCAAGAUUACUUGGGGCGUGGAAUGGAAGCAGUAGAGGAGAUGUGUGUGUACGAAUCUCAGCAGAACCUCAACGUUAGGCAGAGUCUGAACCCGCAAGGCUGUUCUAUCUAUGGUAGCACGGCGUAAUUGGACCGAUGUAAAGCUGGUCCAAGAUCAUAUUGACGUGAGUUGCAUCUGGUGAGCAUUGGACGCUAACAAUAAACGUUUCCUUAAGAUUAUGCGUCGUUUGAAGUG